CGAAGAUUGCGCAGCAAAUCGUUUUCAGGCGCGUUGUCGUGCCCAAUCAUUCCUCACUCAUUUUUUAAAUUAGAAGAUGAAUGGAAGACCGGAUGAUCGUAGAGGGUAUAUCUCACAGCCUUGGGAGCGUUCACCGGGACGCAAUGUAAGACGCCAUCGUUCGCGCUCACGUGGGCGCGAUCACAGACGGCGAGCACCCUCUCCCUUCGUACCUCCGCAUAUGCGAUCCGCUGAUAAGAUAAGGAACGGCCCUGAUGGAGCGAGAGGAAUGUUCAUGGGAAACGGUGAUGUUGGCCAUUAUGAGCGAGAUAGAAUGGACGCGGAGCGUUAUUCUUCUCGUAGUAUGCCGCCGAUGCCACCCGAUGAUUGCGUUCGUGAGGGCAUUGUAUUCGAAUAUGACAACUACUUUGAGUUUUUGAAGACAUGGUUGGAAACGAGCAAUGCGAUGCUUCUGAGAGUGAACUCAUCUGCGCAACCCAAGCGAGUUGAAGACAACGUUACGCCGACCACGUUAGCAGAGAAAUCGCGCAUUAUUCUCCCUGCUGGACUUUUCAACAGAGAUGAUCUCCUGCAUUGUGACAUGGUAAUAAAGGGUUUGCCUCCAAGUGUGUUUUUUGGGAGCGGUUUUGGUCACAGACCUUCCUUCGCUAGAGAUGCAGCUGCUAAAGAUCUUGUUGACAAAUGUUGCCGUGUUGGAUUGAUCACUGAAGCUUUACAUGCCUCCAUAGGGAAUCAUCCGUAUUUCAAUAAGGCUGACCUUCCCAAAGAAGACUAUAAUCUAGCAAUUGACGCAAUUAUUGAGCUCGACAAAAGGAUGUGCGAAGCUCCAUGGCCUUGGGAUAUCUAUUCAGCCAGAGAAGUGGAGCAGGAUGUACUGGAUAGGUUGAAAAUAGUGUUUGAUUCGGUGAUGGAAACUAUAUAUCUCCGUAAUCAACAGCCUAGCGAACCUCCUAGGAUUUGGAAUGGUCCGAUGAAAACGAACGGCCUGAGUCCUUUACCGAGCGAAAUAAAGAAGAAGGAAUUUUGCCGACAUUGCAACUUGCGCGGUCACAGUGAGAAAGACUGCAGAAAAUAUGGAGAGAACACAAGAAAUGGCUCGUCUGUUCCUGGCAAGGCUUUCGAUUCUUGGAAGACUGAUCGUCGCUAUGAACGUGGCCGUCGAACUGAUCAGUAUCAUCCUUACUGGGACGGUAACCGCAACGCUGCAGUACAACCAGAAUAUACUCCGGAUGAAUUAGCAUCUAAGAUAGCCAAACAGCGAGAGGAGCUGCUUUUGCGAGAGGUAGCCUUACGAAAUACAGCAAUCGGAGAAGCCUCUUUGCCCAGUCGUGCCACCUAUUCAAAAUCGAAUGCAUCACAUCGAGUGCGUAGCCCAUCGGUGAUCGAGAUACGGGACACACCCGAUCAUGAAGAGGAGGAGCUUCGUGCUAGACUGGCUGCAGAAACUCUUAGAAUGGAAGAAGAACUGCGUUUGAAGGAAAAAGAAAAGGAGUUGGAGCGCCGUUUACAACAAGAGUUUGAAGAGAAGAAGCGAGCCAUGGAAGAGGAAAUACGCAAGCAAGUGCAACUCGAGGAACGCGCGAAAUUACAGAUGGAACUGGCGCAGCAACGCACAUUUCAGCCUCCGAUGCAGCAGUAUCCACUAGUACCUCCACAGUAUCCUAGCUCCACCAUGCCUCCUACAACUUUUUCCAGCUAUGGAGAGGGCGGCUAUGACAGAGAGACUUAUGCAAAUUAUGACCGAGAGACGGGCGCAGGCGACUAUGCCAGAGAACCUGGAACGAGCUCUUACUCAUCCGUCCCCGAUUUCGAACUUGAGGAAAUCAAACGUUUGAUAAAGGAAACUGAGGAUAAGCUUCUUGAUCUCCAGCGAAACGCUCGUGAGGCGGAACUGUCAGUCAUUUUCCAGUCACGCGCAUUCCAGACUGUAUCCGAACUCGGCGACAGUGCUUAUAUGCUCGAUCGUAGCCAAAAGCAGCAUCUUCUGCGCGAGUUGAAGGAACUUCUCAGUCAUGCUGGACCGAAGGAGAAGGAACUUCAAAGCAGGGAAAGAAGUAGAGGUCACAGUCACAGUGCAGAGAAAUCGAGAAGAAGGAGUAGCUAUCGUCAUCAUGACCGUAGUCCAGCGCGUAGGUCGCGUUCUCCUAGGCGUCGUAGCAGCUACAGACAUUCAAAGAAAGAAGAAGAAUACAAAGAAGUACGACAUCAAGUUGGUGGAAUCACGCUGCGAAAUCUCAACCCAGUUGAACAACGCCAUCUCAAAAUUGGUGAUAUCGUUGUUGCCCAAGAUAGCAGUACUGCUAAGUGGACAACUGCUCACAUAGCGAAGAUCUCUGGUGACACGGCAACACUUUCUAUUGGCAAUGCAACGUGGAAGAAGCCUAUCAAAGACCUGUUCAAAGAAGUCAAUGAGUGGUCUCUGUGA